AAGAACGAUGAGGCGGUGUGCAACUAUGGCAUAUGGCUGGCGGUCGAAAUGGGCAGGAAGCUGCUCGCCAAAUGUCCGGGGCUACAUCUCUACACAUUGAGCCAGUACUACGCUGUGCAGUGA